UUUCGCAGAGGUUUUUUUGGAUAUGUCGUCUCUGUUAUCUGAUGUCGUCCGAGCCCUUCCAUUCUUCAUUCCGUGUAUAUUUAAAUUUUUUCCGUGUAUUUAUACCGUGAGAUAAUAUAGUCGAUAACUGCAGGAAAAAUCAUAGCAAUAUGGUAGAACAUAUCAGAAAAGCGGCGUUAUUUUUAUUUACUCAGGAAUGUAUAAAAGAGUACUUCGACGAGUUCAAUUUUUUUCACGUUGGAUGCUUCAAAGCGACAUUGAGUAAAGGCCUAGGACUGGGCAUUAUUGGAGGUUCCGUGCUUGUGAAGGUACCUCAAAUUAUGAAAAUUCUAAAAAAUAAGAGUGGCGAGGGAAUCAAUAUCUUUAGUGUAUUAUUGGAUCUAUUUGCUAUCACUGCAAUGUCUUCCUAUAGUUUUAUCAGUAGAUUUCCAUUUAGUGCCUGGGGAGAUGGAGUAUUUUUAGGUCUUCAGACUUUAAUUAUCGCUGUUCUAGUAAUGUAUUACAAUGGAGAUACAACGAAAGCAACUACAUUCCUUUCUGCUUAUCUAGCAAUAAUUUGUGCAGCUAAUAGUGGGCUAACUCCUAUCCAUGUUCUCUGGACAUGUCAAGCAAUGAAUAUACCCAUUGUUCUUAUUAGCAAGCUUAUUCAAGCUUACACAAAUUAUACUAAUGGAAAUACUGGCCAGUUAUCAGCGGCAACAUGUUUCAUGCUCUUUUUUGGUUCUCUCGCAAGAAUCUUUACUUCCAUUCAAGAAACGGGUGAUACAACUAUGAUAACAAUGUACCUGUGUUCUACUCUGGCAAAUGGUGUAAUAGUGGCACAGCUACUUUAUUACUGGAAUGUGGAUGUAAAGAGUAAAGAAAAGCUCAAGAAGAAAGGCUAGAAUAAAAGAAAUGGGAAUGUUUAUAUGUAGCAUGUGCGAUUGAUUAUCUAUACAGGCCAAUCUAAAAUUUAAAAAAAGUCAUAGUUGUAAAAAAUUUCGUAUAAAUAAUAUUUUACAAAGUCAACGAUGUAGAAGGAAUGAAUGUUUGAGAAUCACUUUUCACACAACAAAUAAUUUUCUGAAAACAUUUGCACCGUACAUACUCGGAUAGCGUGUCUUGCUACUGAUAUGACUCGCAGUCAUUAGAAUUUUAGCAACUGAAUCCAUUUAUUUACAAAUUAAUGCCUUUUCUAAAAGAAAAAAAAUUCUGGAUACGUCCAUACUAGACACGCUUGAUUAUCUAGGCAGAAAUAACCUGGUUAUAAAUGAUUCAAAGCUGUAAUGAUCGGUUUAUAAUAGAUGUAGUAAUCUUUAAACAUUAACAUUAAUCACUAUUCAAUUAAUCUCUUUAUGUUCGAUUGUGAUUAAUUUUUUACAGCUUAAAGCUUACUAUAUCUGUUUUAGAUGAAUUAUAACAUAAUAUCAUUUUGCAAUUUAGAAAUUAAAAUAUUGUUUAGAUUUAGGUUUAUUAAAAGAUGAGUAACGACAAUAUAUUAUAAAAUGUCACUUAUUAAAUAUACACAAUUAGAUAAGACUGGACUAUUGUUAAAUGGAGCUUAUUAAAUUUUUUAAUAUAUAAAAACGAGGUAAUAUCUUUUGUACUUAUUUUACUAUUUGUAAAAUAGGUAUUUCAUACAUCUUUUGUGUUAUAACUUAAUUAUUACUGUAAAUUCUUAGUCUGUAUUGUUAUCAAGCAUUAUUAAGUAUUAAAUUAUAUUGUUUAAA